UAGGAUUCAUUGUAUCUGCAGCUUACAUGACAUUUCGUUUGCUUGGCUCUCAUCACUUUUCCCCAAUGCAUGUGAUAUUUUGUUUUGCAUUAUUAUUAUUUUCAUGCAGUUGGCUGUUUGUCUGCACUCUGAUCCCCUUUUGCCAUUGGCUGACACUAUCCAGCACAGGCAGCUUUAGACUUGAAUGAUGCUCAUGUAGUCAUUUUUGGAGAGGAGGGAUGUUUGGAUACGAUAUGGUUUUACACCAGGAUCGAGGAUCAAGGAAGGAAGCCAAGUUUUUUAUUUAUUUCUUCCUGCAUCUCAGUUGGGGAAAUACUCAUCACAACAACAUCUCAGCCAGGACACAAUGAACAAUUGAAGAGGGACCCAUCAUUACAAGGUCAAACAUGUUGAUGGGAUCCAAAUGCAAUAGUGGAGACGAAUAGAACAGCGAGACAUUGACUACCUCCUGAUACAGCAGCAGGGGGUGAGCACAUGUUAACAGAAAGACUGCUUCCUAGACGUGAAUGAGGCAGAUGGAGCAGGACGUGGAGAGUCCCAUUUCAAUACGGCAGCCAAAACUGCCAAAACAAGCUCGAGAAGACAUAGUUAAGCAGAAAUGUUCAAAACGAAAAAUACAGCGGUAUGUUCGGAAAGAUGGAAAAUGUAACGUCCAUCAUGGGAACGUUAGGGAGACCUACCGCUACUUAAGUGACAUUUUUACAACCUUGGUGGAUCUGAAGUGGAGAUUCAACCUGCUGAUAUUUGUUAUGGUUUACACAGCAACCUGGCUUUUCUUUGGAAUGAUAUGGUGGCUUAUUGCUUACAUUCGUGGAGAUCUGGAUCACAUAGGAGACAAAACAUGGAGUCCAUGUGUGGAUAACCUCAAUGGAUUUGUAUCUGCUUUUUUAUUUUCAAUAGAGACAGAGACAACAAUUGGUUAUGGAUAUAGGGUUAUCACAGACAAGUGUCCUGAGGGGAUCAUACUUUUGUUGGUCCAGUCUGUGUUAGGGUCUAUUGUGAAUGCUUUUAUGGUUGGUUGUAUGUUUGUCAAGAUAUCCCAACCUAAGAAGAGGGCUGAGACGCUGGUCUUCUCUACCAAUGCUGUCAUAUCCAUGCGGGAUGGUAAACUGUGUCUGAUGUUCCGAGUCGGGGACCUUAGGAACUCUCAUAUCGUAGAAGCAUCAAUACGAGCCAAGCUAAUCAAAUCCAAACAGACAAAGGAGGGGGAGUUUAUACCACUGAACCAGACAGAUAUCAAUGUCGGAUAUGAUACUGGGGAUGAUCGAUUGUUUUUGGUUUCCCCACUGAUCAUAAGCCAUGAGAUUAAUCAACACAGUCCUUUCUGGGAGAUAUCAAAAGUUCAGCUACCAAAAGAAGAUUUAGAGAUUGUGGUCAUCUUAGAAGGAAUGGUGGAAGCUACAGGAAUGACAUGCCAAGCUAGAAGUUCUUACGUCACCUCUGAGAUCCUUUGGGGCCACCGAUUCACGCCGGUUCUAACACUGGAGGAUGGUUUUUAUGAAGUCGACUAUAAUAGCUUUCAUGACACUUACGAGACAAACACUCCGUCUUGCAGCGCCAAAGAUUUGGCUGAGAAACUCAACAGGGCAGAGAUGUCAUUGAGCUGGUCGGUCUCAAGUAAGCUCAACCAACAAGCUGAGCUGGCCAUCGAAAGUCAAGACAAAAAUCAUGAAGAUCAAACAGAACGGAAUGGGGACGUGGCAAACAUCGAGAACGAAUCUAAAGUCUAAGACUAUCACCAAUGAGGGUAUCUCAUUAUGGAGUAAAUAAUUUGGUGGGAAUUCCCACAAUUUAUGGAAGUGGAUUGAAUUACUAUCCUGUAAAAUUAGGUUGGCUAAAAUGGCAGCACACCGAAAAUGUAAUAAAGAUAUAUGUCCAUCUACUGCGGAUUAACAUAUGCAUGUAUUCUUCUCCCUUUUCUGACAGUAAACAGCACAUUUCAGAAAGUGAGGUAAGGUAAAAAAGUACAAAUAGCUAUUGUUUUCAUGUUAAAGUUUAAAAGAAGACAAUAGCAGGCUGGAUAUUGUGUGUCCUGAUCAAUCAAACCAUGCUUUAAGGCCAAGGCAAAAAAACAAAUCCUUAGAUCAUACGAACACUGUAUAUAUGCCUUAUGUAAUAUUCUCUUCGACUUAAUAAUAUGCCCAGCAUGUAAAAAGGAAGCGUGAAUGAAGCUUCUAAAUAAUGUACAUAAAUGUGUAA